AUGGAUUUCUUCAUCUCUGAGUGCAGCAAUAAUAGUAGCACGAAGACAGCAAAGGAACAAAAGGAAGACGAGUGCAGCAGUUCGCCACUCACCCAUCUUUUUGUUGAAUUAACAUCUCUGGAGGAAUUAAGCUUUCCAACGAGUUCAUCUACUCGAAUUAAGUUUACCUGUUUGGAUGCGUCUGCUCAUUACUUAGCCGUUGGGUCGACAAGUGGAACAGUUUAUUUAUUUUCAAGGUUUGCUUCGAAAUAUCGGAAUCGCAUAAGCUCUGUUCCAAUACAAGUUAUUUCCAUCAAGGAAGGACCUAUUAUUAAGUUAUCUAUAUCACCUAAUGAGAAAUAUUUGGCGGCGGCAAGUAAACGAGGCUCUCUGACAAUUACUAUCCUUGUCGGCAUUGGCCAAAAUCCUAUCACCCUUUUUUCUAGCGAAAGUCACGUUGGUACAGAUGAAUAUGGUCAGCCGAUUCAUGUCACAGAAUUGUGUUGGUGCAGUGACAGUUCUAAGGUAUACGCUGGAGACACGAAAGGACGAAUUAGUCGGACUCUGAUUUAUAACCGCAACUUUUUUCGCUCACCAACUGACAUUAUAUUUGAAACAGACAGUGAAAUUGUUCAGUUUGAUUUACGUGAUGAUUUUCUGCUUGCCUCCACUUUAACGCGGUGCUGUAUUUGUAAUCUGAGAACUUACAGUUGUAUUCAGAUUGGAAAAAGGUUACGGAAAGGUCAUUUUGGCGCUAUCUUCUAUUCUGACCAACAGAAAAAGAAAUCGCGGUAUGGAGAAGAAGGCAAUUUCACGAAAUCGGUGAAUACAAACGCGUGUAAUGAGUUGACAGUGAUUUUUGCAAGUCGUCCAAAUGGUCGACUGUGGGAAGCUAACGGUCGCGGUGUAGUAUACAGCACUCAUCAGUUCCGAAAUUUGAGAACUGUUUGUCGAUUUCCUGUGGUGUCCUUCAAGGACGAUAACUUAUUCGACAGAAUGGCUAGUGUUAAUGAAAUUCGGAAUAUCAAUUUCGGGCUUUUGACAUUGAUCAAGUGUCAAAAUAAGUUAUUUUUGAUAACGAAAACAGAUACAACGUUUUAUUUAAUCGAUCCCAUGGAUAGUCAUAUGGUGCUUAUGAGCACGGUAGAUUGUAUAGGUUCAAUAAAAGAAUAUGCAGUAAACAAUGCGGAUGUCUUUCUCUUAUCGGAAGCAGGCAGUUUACGAAAGUUAACAUUGUUUACGAUUGAGAAAGCUGUAGAAAAACUUCAUUGGAGGCAGUGUUAUUUACAGGCCGCACAAUUAAUUUACGUAGAUUAUAUCAUGAACAAGAAUUACAAUUCGGUCACUGUAUGGGAUUGUGAGCAGUUGGAGGAUAUCCUCAGCAAAGUAAAAUUUCAUCACAUUAAAUCACGCGUGACAAAUGAUGUGCCCGAUACUUUGCACAAACUCCUGAAUGAGUUGAAGAGAAACGGUGAUAUUGAAAGGAAACCAAAAGCGACAGUUCAUCGGUUGAGUUCAGGUAUUCAUCGCAUCGUUCAAGUUAUGCAGAGUAGUGGUUAUGAGGAUGAUUUUACUUUUAGAGCGCCAUCACCUCUGCGACUAAGGAGCAAAAGUACUCUGCAUAUUGAAGUAAAGAACGAUUGGAAACGAAGAAGUUUGCCAUUAAAUCAGGGAACUGUGACUGCAACCAAUGAAAAUGAAGUAGACUUUGAAGAUCCAGAGGAACGUCAUAAGAAAUUAAUAAAUGAAGCUCGGAUCUUGUUGUUGGAUGCUGAAAAAGCACCAGCAAAUCAGUUGGUACGUAAUGGUAAUGUGGAGUCUCUACGUACCUUGCUGGAUGCUUCUAAUAACUUCAUUUUAUUUGAUCAGCAGGUAACCGUUAACGAUAUAACUAGAGAUUUGGUCGCAGCAAAAAAAUUUCAACGGCUGAUUGGACAUCAUAAAAACUAUGAACAAAAGCAGCGAACUGCGCAAAUCGAUUUUAAAACUCUUUUCGGACGACGUGACCCAUUAGAAAUGCUCGAAAAAUGUGUGGAAAGCAUGCCAUUAAACGUAAACGUCAAUGUAACACACCUUCGAACAAUACGUCAAACUAGACGGGGAGCUCGCAUUGUAAAAGGAAUCAAGCCGUUUGGAAGAAGAAAUGUAAUGCCUAAAAUUGAAUAUGAGAAAUCAGAACGUUGUGAAUGGAAUUCGGAGCAGCAAUCGAUAAAACAUGAUCUCAUAUCCAAUGGAAGUUUGAACUUGAACUGUAAUGAAACUCCAGAAAGAAACGAAGGUUCAAGAUAUAGUUCGAUCGAUCAAUCGUCAAAGGAUAAUAUUGGGUUAUUGAAUAAAAGUUACGUUAUUGAAAAAAAUUUUGUGGCUGUUCAACCGAUUGAAAUGACCUGGACAAUGAAUGGCGAUAAUGAGGAGAACGAUUCAGUUGCUACGAAAAGCUUAGAAGCAGCGGUGACAUUAAAUGGUCAAGAUAAAUGCUUAAUGCAUUCCAGCGCAGUCACCAUAUCAUCGAAAACUUUGGCGUUAUCAGGGACUAAGAAGUUGGAUGGGGAAAACUUAGUUUACUGCCAAGUUUGUGGCUUGCACAGACUUUGGCAUCACAUUAUGACAUUUGGACCAAAAAUGUCACAGUUACGGAUUACCGUUGACGAAUUUGCUGCUGGUGGCGUCCCCAUAGCGACUGGGCAAUGGACAAAGUUGUUCGAGUAUCGCGCUGCUGCUGUGAAUAAUAGGGAAAGUUUCUCGGGAAAUCUCUGUAAUGCAUGCGCAACAAUUUUCGAAUUCGAUGAUCAUUUAAAACAGAAAGCUUUGUCACUUCGAGAAACGGUAGAACGAAUUGAAAAAAGAAGCAUGAGAAAGAAAUGCACUGAAAAUUUAGUGCAAAUGGAAGCCAAGGACUGGGACGAAGAUUUAGUAUAUCGAGUAUUUUUCAAAAAUAUCACAAUAGUUACAAAAAAACCUUCUGGAAUCCAAAACAAGGUUGUUACCAAUCCUCAUCGCGAAAUUUCAAGAGAACUGGAAUUCGACGAAUGUCCGAAAAAGUUCUUAUGGUUGCCAACCGUAAAGAUUUCUCAGCUUCUGCUGUGUAUGCGUUACUGUGAAGGUCUCAGUGCAGUCUUUGAAUUUCUGAAGAACAAUAAGAAAUUGACGUCAUAUUUAACAACAGAGGAUUGGCAGUGGCUUGCCGUUAUAAAAGCAUACGAGUGUAAUAGAUUGUUCAAUCUGAUGCCUAAGGAGGUUAUCACUGAUCUGCUGACAGAGCUCAAAAUUUCGACAGUCAAAGAUGUUGGAACAAUCUCGUCAGCAUCAGCCUUCGAUGUCCCUGGUAUGGUAAACAGCUCAAAGUCACUGAGUGGAAGUCUAACUAUUUCUGUUGAUGGCAACUGUACUUGUUGUACACUACCACUGAAAAUGCGGGUGACGCAAGAUGAUGGCUACAUUACAGUAUUUCAUUGUGGUCAUUUGUAUCAUCAAAUUUGUCUUCGUGAAGCAAAUUUAUCACGAUGUUUACGGUGUGAACUAGAACGAAGGCGUCAUAGGCAAAAACAGCAACAGAUUGACAAUAGACCUAAUGUAACUAAUCCAUCGCAUUCAUCGUCUACAAGAAGUUCAAUCAAAGCUAUGCGUACAACUGUCACUCCGAAUGUAAAUGUCAAGGUACCACAGAGGACAUAA